AUGGCUACCAUGGACAAGAUCUUUGCUGGCUACGCCAGCCGGCAAGCCGUCCUCGAAAAGAGCAACAACAUAUUCACAAAGGGGGUUGCCUGGAUUGAAGGAGAAUUGGUUCCUCUGGCCGAAGCCCGUGUUCCUUUGCUUGACGAGGGUUUCAUGCACAGCGACCUGACCUACGAUGUCCCCUCGGUCUGGGAUGGCCGAUUCUUCCGACUCGACGACCACAUGGAUCGACUCGAGGCCAGCUGCGCCAAGAUGCGGCUCAAGCUGCCUCUGCCUCGCCAGCAGGUGAAAGAUAUCCUAGUGGACAUGGUGGCCAAAUCCGAGAUCAAGGACGCUUUCGUCGAGCUGAUCGUUACUCGUGGUCUGAAAGGCGUCCGCGGCCACACUCCAGGGGAAAUGUUCAAGAACAAUCUCUAUAUGCUUAUCCAACCUUUUGUCUGGGUCAUGGACCCGGGUGUUCAAGCGACCGGUGGUGCUGCAGUUAUUGCCCGUACUGUCCGACGCGUCCCACCGGGUGCUAUAGACCCUACCGUCAAGAACUUGCAGUGGGGCGAUCUUACACGGGCUCUCUUUGAAGCAGCAGAUCGGGGUGCUACGUAUCCAUUCCUUACCGAUGGAGAUACAAACCUGACAGAGGGUUCCGGGUUCAAUAUCAUCCUGAUCAAGGACGGCGUGCUCUACUCCCCAGACCGCGGCAUUCUACAUGGUGUGACGCGGAAAAGUGUGAUGGAUGUGGCGCGAUCUCUAGACAUCGAAAUCAGGGUCGAGACUGUUCCUAUCGAACUAGCCUACGAGGCUGACGAGGUGUUUAUGUGCACCACCGCAGGAGGAAUUAUGCCCAUCACAACGCUUGAUGGCCAGCCCAUACAAGACGGCAAGGUUGGUACAAUCACAAAGAAGAUCUGGGAUGGAUACUGGGCCAUGCACUACGACCCGAAGUACAGUUUCGCAAUUCAAUAUGACGGCACCAAGCAGAACGGAGUGGCCAAAAAUGGCAAAGCGAACGGAGUCAAUGGAGUAAAUGGACACGUAUGA